AUACGUUAUAACUGGAACCUCCAUCAGAAGCUAGCCAGUUAACUAGCUAAUAGUCACUGUUAGCCCUGCUAGCGGACUUAAUCUUUAGCUCGGUCACCAGCCAGCUUUAGCUCGGUCAAUACCUGCAAGUCUGCACAGCGCGAUAUCAGACUGCUUUUCUCCACCAUGUCAUCGGAUUCCUGCUGCAAGCUCUGAGCCAUUACACCGGAUCAUCGCAGCUAGCUAGCUGCAAAUGAUUGGCUAACGCCUCUGUCCCGAAGCAAGCACCAGUUAGCCUUGAGCUAGCCUCGAGCUAUGCCCAUCUCCCGGCUAGCCGAAGAGGGCAGUAUCUUUGUGGUAAACAGUGGGACUAUACAUAAGGACCAGAGAUGUCUGACGAUGAAGAAGCUCCGCUGGUGAAGAAGACCAGGAUCUUCUAUGGCAGUUUGGAGGAGAAGGAGAGGGAGAGGCUGGGACGAGAGGCCUCUGGGUCAGGCAAAGAUUCUGUCAAAGCAGGAAUCGAGGCUGGCAACAUCAACAUCUCCAGUGGCGAGUCCCUUGAACUUGAGGAACGUGUGACUGAGCGCCAGUCUGAGGUAUUGGCUGACUUUGAGCGCAGAAAGAGAGCAAGACAAAUCACAGUAUCCACCGACGACGCAGAGGUCAAAGCCUGCUUACGGGCCCUCAGGGAACCAAUCACACUGUUUGGGGAGGGGCCUGCUGAGAGACGAGAGAGGCUAAGGAAUAUCCUCUCUGUAGUGGGUCCAGAUGCAUUGAAGAAAUCGAAGAAGGACGAUGAGAAAUCCAAACGCUCCCAAGAGGAGUGUCAGCAGACAUGGUACCAUGAAGGGCCGACCACUCUUAAGGAGGCAAGGCUUUGGUUGGCCAGAUACUCUCUGCCCAGGGCCGUCAAAAGGUUAGAAGAUGCCAGAGCUCACAGGGAGAUCCCAGAAUCUACACGGACAGUCCGGACGCAAGAACUUCACAAGACGCUCAGGAACCUGAAUAACUUCUGCAGUCAGAUCGGUGACGACAGGCCUAUAUCCUUUUGCCAGUUCAGCCCCAACUCCAAAAUGCUGGUGACCGCGUCUUGGAGUGGCCUGUGUAAACUGUGGAAUGUUCCUGACUGUACCCUUGUCCGUACCCUUCGAGGCCACAACACCCAUGUGGGGGCCAUCUGUUUUCAUCCUCAGGCCACUCUGACUCUGGAGGACUCUGAUGUUAACAUGGCCUCCUGUGCUGCCGACGGCUCCGUCAAACUCUGGAGUCUGGACAGCGACGUGCCUGUCGCUGACAUCGAGGGCCACUCCAUGAGGGUGGCAAGAGUAGCCUGGCACCCCUCUGGAAGGUUCCUGGGCACCACCUGCUAUGAUAAUUCGUGGAGGCUGUGGGACCUGGAGGCCCAGGAAGAGAUCCUGCACCAAGAGGGACAUAGUAAAGGAGUCCAUGACAUGCAAUUCCACCCUGAUGGAUCUCUGGCAGCUACUGGGGGUCUGGAUUCAUUUGGCCGUAUUUGGGACCUUCGGACCGGGCGCUGUGUGAUGUUCCUGGAGGGCCACCUCAAAGAGAUCUACAGCAUCGACUUCUCUCCCAACGGCUACCACGCAGCAACAGGAAGUGGGGAUAACACCUGUAAGGUGUGGGACCUGCGUCGCAGGAAGUGCAUCUACACCAUCCCCUCCCAUCAGAACCUGGUGUCCUCUGUCAAAUUCCAACCCAAUAACGGUCACUUCCUCCUGACUGGGGCCUAUGACAACACAGCCAAGGUGUGGACCCACCCGGGCUGGUCCCCGCUGAAGACCCUGGCGGGCCACGAGGGAAAGGUGAUGGGCGUGGACAUGUCCCCUGACGGACAGCUCAUCGCCACCUGCUCCUACGACCGCACCUUCAAGCUCUGGAUGUCAGAAUGAGGAGGGGAGGGAGGACAACUCGUAGAAAUAGAAUGUACCAUAGAAUGUCAUUCUAUUUCUAUGGCAAUACCUGACUGUCAUUCCAUUCAAGUAGAAGAAUGUUGAACCAAGAUCUGUAAAAUGUUAACUUCUCGAUUGAUGGAUUAAUCUGAACAUCCUAAAUAUUCGGAAUUUGUCUUGACAUUUAGUAGAUUGUUCGAUUUAUUAUUGAACAACAUUUGAGGCUAUUAAUAUCUACAACUUUGAAGUUGUGGGUAUACUUUGUCCUUUCUCCCAGAUAUUUUUGUUUGUUAAUAACAUUGUUUUAGGUGAUUUUUAAACACGAGUAAUUUGGUGUCAAGUUGAUCCAAUUGCCUUUUUUUAAAUAAAAACAAACUCACUAA